UCCGACAAGAUGGUCGGGAGUCGGGGGCUAAGCCGAAGAGCUGUCAGCCAGUUCAGCCAUGGCCCACUCUCCUGGGAACCUGCCCGGGAUGCAGAAUAUAAGAGUGGACCCAGAAGAACUCUUCACGAAGCUGGAGCGCAUCGGCAAGGGUUCGUUUGGAGAGGUCUUCAAAGGCAUCGACAAUCGGACUCAGAAAGUGGUGGCUAUCAAGAUCAUUGACUUGGAGGAAGCCGAGGAUGAGAUCGAAGACAUUCAGCAGGAGAUCACCGUGCUGAGCCAAUGCGACAGCCCCUUUGUCACCAAGUACUAUGGCUCCUACCUCAAGGAUGCUAAGUUAUGGAUCAUCAUGGAAUAUUUAGGAGGCGGCUCUGCUUUAGAUUUGAUGGAGCCAGGCGCUCUGGAUGAGACCCAAAUUGCCACCAUUCUGAGAGAGAUCCUCAAGGGGCUGGAGUACCUGCACUCUGAGAAGAAGAUCCACCGGGAUAUCAAAGCCGCCAACGUGCUGCUUUCUGAGCAAGGCGAGGUGAAGCUGGCCGAUUUCGGUGUGGCGGGCCAGCUCACCGACACCCAGAUCAAGCGCAACACCUUUGUGGGCACGCCUUUCUGGAUGGCCCCUGAGGUCAUAAAACAGUCUGCAUACGACUCUAAGGCUGAUAUCUGGUCUCUGGGAAUUACAGCCAUUGAGCUGGCGAAAGGCGAACCGCCGCACUCUGAGCUCCAUCCCAUGAAAGUUUUAUUUCUAAUCCCAAAGAACAACCCUCCAACUCUGGAGGGAAACUACAGCAAGCCGCUCAAGGAGUUUGUUGAGGCUUGCCUCAACAAGGAGCCCAGUUUUAGACCGACUGCCAAGGAGCUGCUGAAGCAUAAACUGAUAGUACGCCAUGCUAAAAAAACAUCCUACUUGACCGAGCUAGUGGACAAAUACAAACGAUGGAAGGCAGAGCAGUCGAGAACCACAGAGUCCAGUUCUGAUGAAUCAGACUCGGAGCAGGAUGGGCAGGCGUCGGGCGGAAAUGACUUUGGUAGUGACAACUGGAUCUUUACCAUCCGAGAGAAGGACCCAAAGAAGCUGCAGAAUGGCGAGGGGCAGUCGAAUGAAAUGGAACAGACUAAGGGUAUUCCAAAGAGGCCUUAUUCACAGAGCCUGUCCACAGUCAUCUCUCCUGCAUUAGCCGAGGUAAAGGCCAGACAGGAGCAAAUGAACCGGAACCCCGUAGCCCUAGAGGACUUAAAGGAGGCCAUCUUGCGGACUGAGGAGGCUUACCCUGGCAUUUCGGAUUCCCUGGUGGCUCACAUGAUUCACAGGCUUCAGAGUUUCUCCACAAGCAGGUCGUCGUCUUUGCCAUAAUGAGUGGAUGUCUGCUAUUCACCCACGGAACCAUCGCGCUCCCCUCCCACCUCUGCAUUUACCUGUUCACUCAGUAGCAGCUGAUCUUGAUCAACAUCUAUUCCAUGGGGACUGCUGGCGAUGUCGUUCCGUGGAAUUUUGCCCGGCGACGAGUAGAAGGUUCGAAAACCUUCGAGGCAAGACUUCUGUCCAUCACUCCCUUUUAACCGAAGCAAGCACCAUAAACCACCAGAACCUUUUUGACAAAGCAUGCUCGGUGUGAAUAUCCUCUUUACACCAACAUGCCUAAAGGUAGACAACAGUGUUCUUCAUGGAAACCUCAGGUAAAGUGCUUUAAGUUGACUGUCAAGUGGGCAGGGUUGUCGAUUUUGUAGAUGAUGAUUUAAUAUGUACAAAAUGAACCCACACAUUUUGUAGGUGUUUCUACUGAAAAGGAACAUAAUGAGCAUUUUUUUGAUGCAUGGCACUUCAUCAUUAAAUUUAUUUUUUUUUUUAAUCAGUCUGCGAGUUACAGAGCCCUGAACCUAAUUGUAGCUCUAUAUAGAUAUAAUGUAUGAACAAAAUGCUAAUUUAUGACCCUGAAAAAUAAUUGAAGGCCAUCUAAUGGGUAUAAUGUAAACAUAAAAUGCAAAUUUGUGACUUUGAAAUUUUAAUUUGAAGCCAUGAAAUAAGUAUGUUGUGUGCACAAAAUGUUGAUUUCUGAUGUCAAAGUACUAAUUUGGGACCACCAAAUUGGUAUAGUGUGCGCACAAAAUGCUCUGGUCUGGUCAUAUUCAUUUGUGGGUAUCAAAUAAGUACAACUUAGCGCCA